AUGGAAGGUUAUUCUUAUGAAGGUGAAGAUGGUCUCUUUCGAGCCAAUGGUACAUGCACAUUGAUAACAGGACCAAAAAAUAUAAUUGUCGACACUGGAAGCCCAAGUGACAGGGAAAAAAUAAUAAAUUCUUUGAAGGAGCAUGGCUUAGCUACAUCAGACAUUGAUUAUGUUAUAUGUACACAUGGUCAUAUUGAUCAUGUUGGAAACCUUAAUCUUUUUCCUGGUGCAAAAUUUAUUGUCGGCUAUGAUAUAAUGGAUGGUGAUAGUUAUGCAGAGCAUGAUUUUAAGGGUGGAAGUAUUUAUAGGAUUAAUGACAAUAUUGAGGUCAUUCCUACACCAGGGCAUACUCACUCUGAUGUUAGUGUGUUAGUUCGCAAUGUAGAGAUCUAUGGCACAGUUGUCAUUUGUGGUGAUCUCUUCGAAAAAGAACAUGAUGAAAAUGAUUGGCAGAGUUUAAGUGAAUGCAUUGAAGAACAAAAGAAAAAUCGGGAGAAAAUUUUGAAGUUGGCAAAUUAUGUAAUUCCUGGGCAUGGUGCUAUGUUUGCAACAAAAUAG